AUGGCCCAAGAGACACCGGCAUGGCUGACUCCGAGCUUCGUAGAGAAGAUCCUACGAAAGUCGGAAGGCGACAACUCGAUCCAGGUGAUCGAUUUGUCUGUGAAAUCGGCCACGGCCAAGGGUGACAACUAUCAAAGUGAAAUGGUGAGAGUUGUUGCCAAAUAUUCGCGUGGCCAAGGCGGUGAGGUUGCAGAAAAAUCAAUAAUCUUCAAAAUCGCACCUUCACUCGACAGCCUUCAAGGGGAACUUAUCGCGGAAGGAAAUGCCUUUGACAUCGAGAUAUCGGUGAUAUCAGAUACCUUGGCUAAAAUGAAUAAGAUGGUGGAACCGAAAUACCGCUUAGGACCAAAAAGUUUAUACAUGCAAAGUGAAAAUCCAGCGCUUAUAGUGAUGGAGGAUCUCGCGGUUCUUGGCUAUCGUAUGGCCGAUCGUUUAAGCGGUCUCGAUCUAGACCAUUGCUUAUUGUCGAUGAGCGGACUAGCCAGGUUUCAUGCAACCUCUGUGGCCCUGUGCGAGAGGGAACCAGAACAAAAAGAGAAGUAUAUGAAAGGAGUAUAUUGUCAUGAACAACCACCAAGUGUGGCAAAUUUUUUCAUUGCGUGUACUAAAGGUUUCGUAGACGAGAUAGCAAAUUGGCCAGAACUGAAAGGGUACGCAGAAAAAAUAGCUAAAAUCACUGACCGCAUAUAUGACAUAGCGAUAGAAGCAGCCAAGCCCUCUGAGGAUCAAUUUAAUGUUAUUAAUCACGGUGAUUACUGGGUGAAUAAUAUGUUGUUCAAAUAUGAUAAUGACAAACCUGUUGAUCACAUUUCUGUGGACUUCCAACAGUGCUCCUAUACUACGCCGGCGAUGGAUAUUCUCUAUUUUCUCGAAACAAGUCCUUCUCCGGAAGUUAUUGAAAAUCAAAGAGAUCUUCUAUUAAACGAAUACCAUAGCACACUGACUGUGACUAUGAAACAACUGAACUGCAAGACACAACCGCCCACUAGGGAUGAACUGGAAGAUAUCCUAAAGCAAAAGGCAGUCCUUGGAAUGAUAGCAUCCUUUACAAUUUUACCAUUAGUGCUGUGCUCAAAGUCUAAUGUGCAAGAUUUUAAUGAUUUUAUGGCUGAUGGUGUUUGUAAAAAUCCAGGUCUUAAGGGCGAAAGUUUUAAAAAGUUAAUGAUAACAAGAGUUCCACUGUAUGAACAGUGGGGUUUACUAGAUCUUUAAUAUUCGAUUUUCAAUAAAAAAAAUUGAAACAAGAAAUAAAAAUAAUACGCUUUUAAGGCUUGCUCUUCAAAAAUGCUAGGAAGGUUGACUCCGUGUCUUAAUCCAUUGUUAAUGCGAACAUUUUGUGAACAUUGCAGUUCACUUCAUUAAGACAAGAAACAAUUUGAUACUAAAUUCUUCCUCUUAAAGACAUUUCUGUACACUAUUAGGAUAGCGGAAAAGGGGGGGGGGGGGUAAAGAUAAAAGAGUAGAGAUAUACAAGAAAAAGGCAAAGUCGCUAGGACUGUGAUGGAGAUGAUAUGAUUUUUAAGGUUGAUUGUCUGGUCAAUUCUCAAUAAAAGUAAUAUACCUGAUGAAGCACAACAAAUAUCAUGACAAUAAUAGAUUUUAAUAGGAUUUUAUAUUAUUCUUGUUUCCUUAGAUUUCAGUUUUUAGAGACAUCAAUUCGUAGACAUUAAAGCUACUGUUAAAAAAAGACAAUGUUAAUAUAUAAAUCAGCAGUACAUAUGUAAAUAAUAAAACAAUAAUUAUUGAAUGUAGAUCAUAUCUUGUUGUUUUCUUUUCAAUAAAACUAUAUUACGUAAGUGAAAUAUAUAAUAGAUAAUCGAAUAUGUAUAUAAAGAUAUUAUUAUUGUAAUUGUACAUGAAAAGUCUGAAUAUUAUAACAUCACACAUAAGAAUAUAUAAUUAUCCCC